AUGAUACGUCGACUCAAGGAAAAGUGGGGCAUGACGUACACGUCGUACGAGGCGAACUGGCGCAUGUGGGCCUCAAGCAUACUCAAAUUGCCGGUAUAUCAACACGACAUGCACGUUGCCAACCCCCCUCCGGAAAUCAUGCUGCACUUAUUCGAACCUGUCCCCAACGGAGCUCAACAGCGAAACCAGAGCCUGCAACGCAGCAUGACAGUUGCGUUGGACAUUGUUGAUUCGUGUUUGGAUGGCCUGGGCUCCCUGAAGCGGCUUGUCAGCGAUGUUGUUUUGCGUAUCGAGGCGGAUGAAUCAACCUUGCGUACCAAGAGGCGCGUCAUCGAAGGUUUUCUGCAGGAAAUCACUCCAAUUGCUGUCCGACCAGACUUGAUUGAUUUAUUGAGAAGCAUUCCAAACGCGGAUGAUGAGGAACACAUCGAAGCUUAA